UUUUUCUGUUUUUGUUUUUUAAACUAAAUUAACAUGGCUCGAAUGAACCGCCCUGCUCCUGUGGAAGUCACAUACAAGAACAUGAGAUUCCUUAUUACUCACAAUCCAACCAAUGCAACCUUAAAUAAAUUUAUAGAGGAACUUAAGAAAUAUGGAGUGACCACAAUAGUAAGAUUAUGUGAAGCAACUUACGACACUGCUCUUGUGGAAAAAGAAGGCAUUCGUGUUCUUGAUUGGCCUUUUGAUGAUGGUGCACCACCUUCCAACCAGAUUGUUGAUGACUGGUUAAGUCUUGUAAAAAUCAAGUUUCGUGAAGAACCUGGUUGUUGUAUUGCUGUGCAUUGUGUUGCAGGACUUGGGAGAGCUCCAGUGCUUGUUGCCCUAGCAUUAAUUGAAGGUGGUAUGAAAUAUGAAGAUGCAGUACAAUUCAUAAGACAAAAGCGGCGUGGUGCUUUCAACAGCAAGCAACUUUUGUAUUUGGAGAAGUAUCGUCCUAAAAUGCGGCUGCGCUUCAAAGACUCCAAUUGUCAUAGAAACAACUGUUGUAUCCAAUAAAACUGGGGUGCCUGAUGCUAUUGCCUUGGAUGUGGAACUUCAGACAAGACCUGUUUUGUCAUACAUAAUUAGCCAACAUUUUGGCUUGGUGAAUAAUUCUAACGAAGUCCAUAGGAG